AUGGGACGUCGCUGCCUCUCAUUGGCGAUCCACCCGCGAUCUCCCCUUGCUUCUGACGGCGCGACCUCGCAAAAGUAUCUGUUUUGCGAGGUACCGCAGUACUUUGAGCACCCUGGACGGUGCUCGAGGCAGAAGAGAAUGGCCACGGUACCCGCUCUCGUCAUCGCAGGCUCCUCUUACUGCAGCGAGUGGGAUUCUUGCCAGGCCAGCAUCCGCUGCGGAACUGGCGAUCCUUCAUCAUCAGGUGCAUCAUCACCCCCGACGCUGCCGCCCUUGUUUGCUAUGAUCUGA